GCUCAACUUCAAUUUAAAAGGGAGGGCGCAAAGCAGAAGAGCGUCGUGUGGCCAACUGCUGAAGUUCCACGUUCAGUAGGCGCCAUUGGGGAGUACUGAUUGAGCUGCUGUGUUUCUGUCUUCUGGAAAACUUGAGAAGAAGUCUUUUUCCUGCUCCUGUGUUGCUUUCAUAAGCCUUUGGAAUAGGAAGGCGCAACGAAAAGACAGUGUAGCAGAAACGCGGCGUUGCAAUGGCGUCUGCGGUUGCCGGUGUGGCCGUUCGCUCGUUUGCUCAGGGAAUAGUCCAGAGGACCAAGCUUGGCCAGCGCAGUGAAAGGUCCGGUCAUCUUCCUGUGGAUGCCACCAGCCGUUCCGCUUUCAAUGCACUGCAUUCGUCACAACAUGGAGAGAGCAGAUGCAAGGUAUCUAGGUUGUGCGGUGGUCGAUCAGUUGCGGGACGCCAAUCAGAACGGCUGAAAGGGUUCAAGCUUCCGACUGCGAGCCGGCAAAUGAAAGGGAGGAGAGGGGCUCCAGUGUGCUCAAUGGCAGGCACGGCCGCGGGAGAUACGCCCGUCGAGGAGCCCGCAAAAGAGACUGAAGAACAAAAGAAAUCGACUUUUGGGUCCAAGCUGCGAGCAAUCCUCUUCUACGUCACAACGCUGCUCAUCGCCAUCCCUCUGUUUGUGGUCAUGCUGGUUAUCUUCCCCUUCCAGUACCUCUUUGACAAAUACCGCCGCCGGGGCCUACACGUCGUGAACAAUCUGUGGGCUAAUCUGACGACGGCGCUCUUUUACAAGAUUGAAGUCAUCGGCGCAGAAAAUCUUCCGCCAAAAGGCACGCCCGCAGUGUACAUCGCCAACCACCAGAGCUACCUGGAUAUCUUCUCGCUGUUCCGGUUAUGGGUGCCCUUCAAGUUCGUGUCGAAAACAAGCAAUUUCCUGCUCCCCAUCGUCGGCUGGUCCAUGUUCCUGACGGGGCACAUUCCGCUCAAGCGGAUGGACGCGCGGAGCCAAGCGCAAUGCCUCAAGGCGUGCCGAACGAUGCUCGACAACGGGGGAUCCGUGAUUUUCUUCCCGGAGGGCACGCGCUCCCUGGACCAGAAACUAGCGCCGUUCAAGAAAGGAGCUUUCAGCAUAGCCACCAAAGCAAAGAUGCCGAUCGUCCCCAUUACACUCGUCGGCACCGGCAAGCUAAUGCCGAGCGGCCAAGAGGGCUCGUUGCAUUCGGGCGGUGUCAAGAUCAUCGUGCAUCCGCCAAUGAUGGGCACGGACCCAAACCAACUAAUGGCAGACUCUCGGGAAGUCAUCUACAAUACGCUGGUUGAGUAUGGUGCCGAAACAUAGGCACGCCUAAAAGAAGUAAUUGAGGUCCGUCCGCCAGUGCUUUGCCUUUGAGAUACUGGCCCGCUUAGAUCAGAGAAUCAUGCUAAGGUGAUUGGUUUCUCAGAAAGUUUCCGUUAUAAGGAAGGUAUUUGUCCCGGUCUUGAGUCAAAGCGACAUUAAGAUACGUUACAGGUGUUCAUCUCUGAGAGUGUAAUCAGAAACCUAUGAUUGAAUAUGGCCGUGUAGUCAACGCCGCUGGGCCGGGCCGGGCUGAAAGACGUGCACCUAAAGCACUCCUUCGACGGUCAGGUCAUCAAUAGCGCGAUUGAAAGGCGACCCGAUGCAUAAGGACACCAAACAUUCGUUGCUGAUUUCUGCUGGUUUCGCA